CCAGUCGUGCCGGAGCAGCACACCGCUGACAAUGUCUCCAGCUACAGCAAGGACUCUCCUGGCUCUUCUUCUCCAGCUCCUCACCUUCACUCCUGGAGCAACAGCCCUUCGUCCUCUUCGGCCGGCAAACGUGAAGCUGGUGGCGGCGGAGGGAGGGCUGGAGCUCACGUGGGACCCCCCUGAAGAAGCCGACCUUCGACCGGUCGACCACUACAUCAUUGGCUAUGGGACGUCCAUGAAAACGCUGCGGUUCAUCAAGGUGGAUAAAGACCAGCGUUUGUACCUGCUGAAGGAUGUUGAGCCUGGCGUCCUGCACUUUCUGAAAAUGACAGCAGAGAACAGCGAUGGGAUGAGCAAAGCCAUCUACAGAGCGGAGACCCCCAAAGAGAGGCCGAGGGCCCGUCCUCCCACGGAUGGCGCACGUGUGCAGCAGGGAGCCCCUGAUCACCCGAGCGCCCCGCAGGACCGUAACCGCGGUUACCUGCUGAACCUGGCGCAGAGUGACCGCAGGGUGGAUGAGAAGCCCCGCCUAGAGGGUCAGCGCAGCCGCACCAAUGGCCAGCUAGCCUCUGAGUCCGUGUAUGUGGUAUCACUGCAGGCACAGAAGGCACUCCGGCCGAGCACUUCUGCCUAUAGGGCCGCCUUGACCAAAAAACCCCCCGCAGAUCCAGACGAGCUAUAUGAAGCAAAGGACAUCACAGUGAGAGUGGUUUCCCCCCAGUCGGUCAUGGUCACCUGGGUGGAUCCCGCUGUGGAGAAGGAGAAGAGCAGUGCCGACUCAAGGCACUACACGGUCCGGUACCGGGAAAAGGGCGAGUCCGCCAGGUGGGACUACAAGGAGACCCCACAAAAGCGGCUGCUGAUUGACGGUCUGGCAGCAGACAGCAUGUAUGAGUUCUCCAUCAGGAUCUCGCAAGGCGACAGGAAUGGAAGAUGGAGUUCUUCGAUCUUUCAAAGGACUCCAGAGUCCGCCCCAACAAGUCCACCCGAAAACUUCCACGUUAAGCCAUUAAGAGGAAAAGGCACAGCAGUUACAGCAACAUGGGACCCGCCAGAUGAGGCAAACGGCAGAAUAAGAGAAUACAUCCUGACAUACGCCCCCGCUCUUCAGCCCUUUGGAUCAAAGUCCAUCACAUACCGUGGAAGCACUACCUCUGCUGUAAUUGAUGGUCUGCAGCCUGGUAACAGUUACAUCUUUAAAAUUCGAGCCACAAACAGGAGAGGACAAGGUCCUUCAACAAAGCCUUUCAGCAUUGCUAUGCCAACAAGCAGUACUGGGAGCUCGACAUCUCAAAACUCGAAAAGCCAAGUGGAUCACAAAACUAGACAGUCAUCCUCCCGGGCAUCAAAACCUGAUCUUUCAAAAGACACCGAAGACUCCGACCCUCAGUCUGCGGAGGAAACGGAUGAACCUCUGACUUCUUUACCUGCAACAUCAAGUCCCACAGUCAGAAGAGGUCGUCCGCUUUCCCAGACGAGGUCUUACCACAGUGUUAUCUCAUCUGCAAGAUCCCCGGUGCGGAGCGGAUCCCCUGUUUCUGUUCAUACUACAGGUUCCCGUUCUCAAGGCAAAGAUAAACAAAACAAUAACAAUAAGGAAGUAAUCCACAACGUGUCCUCAAAAGCUCCACAGUCAUCUGAUGACUCUGAGGAAGAUUUGGAAAAGGAAGAUACUAAAUCCAAGAAGCCCUCCGUGACUCAAAACCAAGCUUUGCUACCAGAACAGUUAGAGGACUACAGGAAGCAUACUAGUGCUCUAGGAGUUUCAAACCCAGAUGUUAAAACUGAUGUCUCUUCACCAAAAAGUCCAGUAAAACCCGUAAGGCCAUUCCUUCCCAAGACACCAACUUACAGACGUGUUACUCCAGUUAUCAUUUCCCAGGGUAGUUUUGACACAGAGUCAAACAGUCCCAGAAUAACGCCCUCUACAUCCAGCAGAAAGACAAACCACAGCCCUUCAACUCAUCAGCAUAAGAAACAGGAUGGUAACACAUCCCCAGAUUUGUCAAAUAACCAUGAAUCUGCUCUCAUCAAAAAGGACUUCACGCUCAGACCGGAUAGGAAAGAAUCUUUCAGCCAGGAUACAAAAAUGGAGCCAUCUGUAGCUCCACCCCAGGAAGCCACUUCAAAAUCGGAUCCAAAACCCUCAGUGCUAUCCCAAGGAAAGGAUCAUGCUUCUGAUUUGACAAUACACCAUUCAGGUUCUGGAGAUGUCAACAGCAAAAGAAAAACAGCGGGGCUUCCUCGUGCUGCAUCAAGGGUUCUUCAUGGUCAGCGUAAUCCUGUAUCAUCCUCAACUGGACUUCAGUCCACCUUUCCAACAGGAGCUCAGAACCCUCAAGGUAGUUCCGAGUCUACAGACAUUUACCACACAGUAAAGUUGCAAGAAAAUGAUCCAGCUCAAAAAAGUAAAGAGGAAGUAACUAAGGAUGAAAGGCUGACUUCAGUAUCUCCGAUUUUACAUUCCUCUACUUCUUCUAAGAGUGAUGUAGAAAAGAAUAGUAAGUCACAAGAAAGCAGGACCCAGCAAAAUAAUAGGAAUAAUGUCAACACUGGAGCUGGACACAGCCAUAGAUUGGGUGUGGCUAGUAGGACAUCACCUAGACAAGAAACAAGAGUCCCAGUGAGUAGAGAUGGGCAAUCAUCUUCAAAUGGAGCUCACAAACUUCCCUUGAAGGAAGGUGCAUCGCAUUCUGGUGUCUCAUCAACAAAAGAACCAAACACCCCUUCAAAGCACCUUUCAACCUCUGGCUCCUCAAGACCAACUUUUCCUAAUCGUAGCCCAACUGUUUUAAGUGGCCUUACAAAUCCUGUUAAGUCACUCCCUGUCAAUAGAAAUCCUGAUUCUGAAGAUUCAACUCCGCAUCUCUCUGGGUCAACAAAAGAUGACAAUGAUUAUGUGUAUCAAGACAACAAGGACCCGUCUAAAAAAAAAGAUCAAAUUGUUGCAACUUCUGCUCCCCAGUCAACUGCCUCGGCUGUAAAUGAAGCUUACAGGCCACAGCCACAUGAUAAUGAUAGCAUAGAAAGGGACUUUGGUGCUAAAAAAACAGGGUCGUCCUCCAUUCCAUCGAUUCCUCGGCGGCCUGUUCUAAGGCCUAAUGGAAGAUUUCGGUCCCCUUCAAACCGUCAGAUUGGUCCUAGGUUUUCUGGUAGGUUACUUCCUGCACAGCAUACAAAACUAGGUUCCUCUAACCCUCUUACUGAGUCAUCACGAUUGCCUUCAUCUUCAAGUUUUCCUCAAUCUCCUGACCGAGUCGGUUCCGCUAACGGGGGAUCUUCUCGUGUGUCAUCCUCUCAGUUGCCUCAUUCAUCCUCCAGGCAAACUUCUAAUGUGAGAGCACAUGCUGAGUCAUCCUUAGUGCCAAAGCAAGCUGUACCUGCAUCCCUCCCAGCAUCGUCACCUCGCGAGCCCAUGCGAGGGACAAGGUGGCGCCAUCCCAGCCGACAGGAUAUCGUAGCACGAGGAAAACAGCCCAGUGAUUUAAAACCUAGCUAUGAACAAGGUAAAAACGGACGUCCAAAUCUGACUGUUUCAAACGGAAAAGUUGCCUCUACUUCAGAUGACAGCGGGAAACCAGCAGGUCGCAGGUUCAUCACAGGUCCAGAUGGUGCUAAAUGGAUUGUGGACCUGGACAAAGGUGUCCUGAUGAACGAAGAGGGAAGGGUUCUGCAGGACUCUCAAGGACAGCCCCGUAGAGUUGUUCUUGGAGAGGAUGGGCGCACUAUUUUCGACUUACAGGGCAGCCCAUUGGUGAACCCAGAAGGUCUGGCCUUGUUUGGACAUGGAAGAGACAGCAGGCCGGUCAUCAACCCAAAAGAGAAAUUCUUCACCUUAGGAGGAAAACCUAUAGUGGGUCUUGACCGUCCCAAACCAAAAACGACCACUAGUCCUCCAACGACACCUGAACCAACAACUGUGCCAACCACCACUGAGAUGACGACAGAGGAAACCACAACAAUGCUGCUCCCCCCGACAUGUCCUCCAGGAACCUUCUCCAGGAUGGACGAGCAAGGAUUCCCGUUGCUGGACGCUGAUGGUGUGGUCAGCUGUUACCUAGACGAGUGGUCCUCUGGGAUGGAUGCGGGUGCCAUGGCAACAACCCCUGCCCCAACUCUGGUGGUCUCUCUCACUACAGAGGAAGAUGACUUUGUGAUCCAAAGCACGCUUCCCCCAACAACAGAUGCUCCCAGUCCAGAGCCGCAGACCAGUCCAUUCAACUCUACUCCCUCAUCUGAGUUGGACGCUGCUGGAAAUAAACGCUUCACAGCUCCGUACGUCAACUACAUCCGCAAGGACCCCGGGGCCCCCUGCUCUCUCACCGAGGCUCUGGAGUACCUCCAGGUGGAUGUACUGGAGAACCUUCUUGAGAAGGACAGUGUCGGGCAGAAACAGCCUCCCAAGAACAAGCCUCAUAACAUCACCGUUGUGGCCAUGGAGGGGUGCCACUCGUUCGUCAUCCUGGACUGGGCGCGGCCCCUCAAGGGGGACAUGGUGUCAGGGUACAUGGUCCACAGCGCAUCCUACGACGAUGUCCUCAACAACAGGUGGUCAUCCAGCUCGGCCAACGGAACUCACCUUGCUGUGGAGAACCUCAAGCCAAACUCCAGGUACUACUUCAAAGUGCAAGCGAAGAACAUCUUCGGUCUGGGUCCGGUCAGCGACACGUUCACCUACGUUACUGAGUCAGACGACCCAUUGCUGAUAGAGAGACCCCCAGGCGGAGAACCGAUCUGGAUUCCCUUCAGCUUCAAGUACAAUCCAACCCAGAGCAGCUGCAAAGGCAGCCAGUUUGUGAAGCGCACGUGGUACAGGAAGUUCGUCGGAGUCGUUCUCUGCAACUCUCUACGAUACAAGAUCUUCAUGGGCGACGGCCUGAAAGACACCUUCUACAGCAUCGGUGACACGUACGGCCACGGCGAGGACCACUGCCAGUUCGUCGACUCCUACCUGGAAGGACGCACGGGUCCACACGCCCUCUCAGAUUACCUGCCCACCACGCAAGGUUUCUUCCGCUCGUAUCGCCAAGAGCCGGUGAGCUUCGGACCCAUCGGUCGGCGCACCCCUCACCCCUACGUGGGAUGGUACGAGUGCGGCGUCCCCAUCCCGGGAAAAUGGUAACAGAGGGCCAUCAAGAGGAGCGAGGAGUGAUCGGAGCAACAGAGACAGUCACAUGCUACGGCAAAUAAACAUAUAUUGCUUCCAAUGUAAAGAAUGUAGUACUUUAGUAUUACUAACAAUCCCAUGUAACCGUUACCAGCAGUCUGUAUAUGAGGGAAAGCUUGGCCAUAUGUGCUUCGCCUCAGUAACUGACUCUUUCAGCUGAGAAAUGACCCUGUUUGUUUCCAAUCCUAUUAAAUCUUUUUUUUUUUUUUUGAAAGAAGGCGACACAGAGCGUUAAAACACCCCAAGUCUCGUAAACCAUCACACCACAACCGAUGACUUAUACAAGCAUUCAGGGAGACACCCUAACGUUCAGAUGAUGGACACAUUUAAUUUAACAUGUAAAAACGAUGACUAUAGUGCUCAUCCCCAGCAUGCUGAGACUGAAAGGUUUGUUUCUGCACACAGAUUUUUCUUUUUUUUUUUUAAAGUUUAUUUUCGCUCUUUCUGGUCCAAGAAAAAUGGUUUACUUCAAACUAUGUCAGGUGAU